AUGUCGAUGAUCAACGCCCACGACCUAGAAGGCAAGACCGUAGCCUUCGUCAACUUCGCAACCGGCACCGCCAUCGAUCUCAAAGAUGCCCAUCUGAAUGAGAACCAGCAGUGGAAGUGUGUCAAGUACCAGCACGGUCCUGACGAUCAGCCCCAGUUCAGACUUCAGAAUGUCAGGGCUUCUGGACGAGCUAUGGAUCUGUACAACGGAGGCACAUCUGAUGGUACCGAGAUCGUUGGCUGGCAGUAUGGCGGUUUCGGAGGGCAUCAGCUCUGGUGUAUUCGUCCUGUUGGAUACUUUCCCGCUCAUGGGACUAUUGUCAAGAUUGAGAACAUCCCGAAUGGAACUUGGGUUACCCUUCAAGGCGGCAGCGCCCAGUACGGUACUCGUAUUGUUGGAUCGCACGGAUCCCUUAACGAUCUCCGCACUGACCAGCUUUGGAUUCUGAAGCUGAUCUGA